AUGAAUGUUGUUUCUGGAGGGAACGUUGCAAUCAGACACUCGACGGUCUCGUCAGAGUCCAAAUCGAUCUUGGAAAUGAAUUUCGACAAAGUCGACAGAACUUCAAUAAACUCUGUCUCGUGGAUCGUAUUCAGACAGGCCACCACAGACCAGAACAACUGCGGGAAAUCAAUCAGCUGUUCGCUAUACAGCUCCGCAGUGAUGGCAUUGAGCGUCAUCAAAAUCUGCAUAGAGAAGCUCUGGAUCCCGCUGUUCUCGUCCGAAACAGUGUUUGCCAGACAUAAAAGCAUGUCUCUCAACAUUCCCAGGUCCAAGAAGGAAAUCAAACAACGGAAGAUCUGGAACGAACGUGCAGCAAUGUGCAUCACUUUGCAAGACGUGGCCCAUGCAAGCGAGGUACGACUCCAAUCCUGUUGGAGUCCCGGAUAA